AUGGCCCAAGAUCUGGGGUCCAGCAGAAGGCUUCAUGAACGCUUGCGUGCCUGCACGAAAGGCACAAGCGCUGCACUUGAGAGAUUUUCGAGCCCUUCUGCCACACCAAAAUUGCUGAAGUGUUUGGCGUCUGCAGUGGCAUGGUGUAAGCAAGGGCGCUGUGGUCCCUUGCGAGCGGUGCAACUACCAUGGGGCAGCCGCCACAGAGCUCCAUCAGCACUCCGAAGGAGCACGAGGGCAUUGUUGAGCGGUGUGCGAGGUAAAGCGCAUUUGCUCAAUGCGCUUACAAGGUAUCGUUAUCAGUCCGUGAUGCUGAGAGGAACAAGGAUGAGAACCCACGCCCACACAGGGAGAAUCCGCCUUUGUCAAUCUCGACCUGUGCUGGCAGUCCUACAUGUGGUUUCGCCACGAGAGCGCGGGGAUGGCCAGGUCCUGCAGUUGGCUUGCGCAAAGCUUCUGGUUGUGCUGGGGCCGCAUUCUGCAGUUGUUGAGGUUCGACGGCAAGUGCUUCGGCAUGUAAGAUGGAAAGAGCUAGCACGUGCAGAAGGACCAGGUUUGCGAUGGUCACAUGCAACAAGGCCCAGUGGAUGGUCGCUGCUUUGGCAUGGAACACAGCUUCCGGUGGGUGGCCCGGACGUGUUUUGUGUGAAUGGUUUGACGAUGCAACCCGUGAUGAGCAUCCAGUUCCACAAUCACCAUUGUGAAAGGUGCUGCAUUGGGCCAGGCCACAUUGCCCGCAAGUGGGCAGGCCGGGCCGGAGAGUUCUUUCAGCUUCACGAGGAGGAACCAUGGGGCUGUCUUCUAUCAAAGGGCAAUGCAAGCUGCAUUUCACACAUUCGGCAGCUAUUGUCCUGUGAGAAAGUCCGUGCAAUUGACAUUGGCAGUGUGGAUUGGCUCACCAUGAGGGAGAACAUGUGGAAGGCCUUAGUGUUUGCUCGAGAAGGGUCUGGUGAAGGUUUCCGUCAAGGUCUGCACAGGCAGUUGGACAAGAUCGCCUUUGAAGCUGAGCAUGGAGACUUCACGUUGGACAUGGGGCGCGCAGACUGGAUCUCCAAGUUCCGCACGCUCUUUGCCCAACAUUUGCUCAGCCAUGAAGAGGUUCCUGGAUGCAUAGUUGGCCAUGUGACGCUUCAAUUGUUUAUGGUGUUCUUCGUUGACAGCCGUGGGCAUGGUGUUUUUCGCCAGGAAUUGGAAUCUGCUUCCAGUGCUGUGAAUCAAUCGCUGGAGGUGACACCGAUAUGCUUUUCCCACAUGACUGCACCGCAAUUGUGGAACCAGCCAAAUGUUCUCGCAACCCGCCUUUCACUCUUCAAGGCAAUACGGUGGAUGCAUCUAUUGGAGAGCGGGUGGCCAAUCUUCAAAAUAUUUUCCUUGGUAACGCAUGCUGCGUGCGUCAUGAAGAACCAGCAGGAUUGUUCACCACGCUGUACAAAGGAUCGAAUCAACUACCUCAUGCUUAUGGUAGAAAACAAGGUCAGUGAAGCAAGUGAGCAAUAUGGUAACCAUAUGGGACCGCAACAGUUGCAGGCUUUGGCAUUGGAGCUUUGGAGGCUUGGGCAUAAGCAAUGUGGCCCGCUUUCUGUCGCAAUUGGUGCUGCGAGCUGCGCUGUUGCCAUGGCCCGUUUGGCCCGCUGGCGCGAAACUCACCUCUACAUCACUUUGGCAGAGUUCCAUUUGCUUGACCUGAGCUAUCGCUUGGCUUGCGUUGACUCCAUGCUUUUGCAGAUGCCCCAGUUCUGGGAGAUUUUAGGCUACAUCGAGGAUGAGGUCCAGGCUUCUUUGCCCCAUGGUGUUGGGCAUCCUUGUCAUCUCUCGUUUUGCCCCGACGGCGGGAGCCCUGAUCCCAGCAGCUGUAGCUGUGGACACCUUUACCGCGAACCAACACAUGAACUGUCAGAUAAGAUUUGCAUCAUCUCCACGGACCCCGGGGAUGACAGGCCUUUGGAGACCAACCUUUCACGCUUGGUUGCAAAGGAACCCGAGCACCUGACCAACUUUUGGAGCAUCACUUACCACUUGAACAGGCUUUACGCCUUGCUCCACGGCUAUCGCUUUCGUCGGCCCCAGGUCAAUAACUGGGGCCUUCGCGAAAUGCUUUCGGAUGGUUUGUAUCCUCCCAGGAGAGUGCAAUGGGCUAUCGUGAGGUUGGUGCAGCAAGAGCUGGAAGACAGGAGUUGUGAGUAUGUGGCAUGGCUGGACAGCGAUGCCUACAUCGCUUCAUCGGAGCCUUUGGAGAUGGUCCUGGAGGAAUAUGGGUUGAUCAACAGGACUGAUUUGCGGCGCUUGAUACAAAGGGCAACGCCGAGGACCGAGGAUGUUCGGUCCCCGGACAGGUCCGACUUUGUACGUCGUGAGCAUGGGCACCUGCCAUUGCGAGAGGUUGUUGACGCCUUGGACGCCCUGCAGUUUUCCUACGUGUCUUUUUUGCGGUGCUUCGAGGAGCUCGACGCAGAGCCCCAAAAUCAAGUUGAUGUUAAAGACACCGAGGCAAUGGUUUUGACAAAGGAAGAACGUUUGAAGCGGUAUUGUGCUGUCAAGCCACCAAUUGAAACAUCGAGUGAUACAGCUGUGCACCAGCUCUACCGCUUACUGAGUAACCUUCAAAUUCUUUGCCCUGCGGUUCCUGAAUGCGUGACGAGCCCUUCACCGGUGGAUAUUGUGGAUGAAGCAGCGGAGCUGCCAGAGUCGAAUUGGCAGGAGUUGGUCACAGAGUGGAAAGCCAAGGGCAGCGAGUGCUUCAAAAGAAAGGAGUUUCAAGUUGUCACUUGGCGUGCAGACCGAGCCGUGGAGCACUACACCCGGGCUAUCCAAGCGUCUCCGAAGAAUGCGGAGGACGCCGCAUCUCAUUCAUUUGGCUUGGCAGCACUCUAUUCAAAUCGAUGCGCCGCCCGUUUGCAGCUUGGUGACCAGCUGAUGGCCUUGGCGGAUGCACAUGUUGCAGUGGAGCUAGCCCCUACUUGGCCCAAGGGCUAUUUCCGAAAGGGUUGCUGUCUCAGAGAACUUGGCAAUUUGGAAGAAGCAGCCUUGGCCUUUGGCGCCGGCCGAAAGCUGGAGCCAGAGAACAAAGAUUGGGAAAAAGAACUCGAGAAAAUCGACAAGCUUUUGCUCUCAAUGUCAGCUUGCCAGGUGAAGCAGUUUGUGCUGCAGUUGCUACCAGAUAUUCUGGCGGCUUGGCUUCGUGUGCCACCGAGUGGGGCUCCUGGAAAGGUUCUGCAACUGCAAGUGAAUGGAUCUUUCCAGCAGCUGUCAGCCUGCAAGUGGCGUCAACUUCAAGAUGGCCUGCAACCUGGAAAGGCACAAAUCAGAUAUGCAUAUUUGGAGCAGAAAGGCUAUUUGGCGAACUUGGUCGCGAACUUGCAAAGCCCCUCGACCGAAGGGUUUGCCAUUGCUGAUCUUCAUGGCCAAGCGCUGAGCCUUCCAGCAAUAAAGAGUUUCUUCAAGGAGAGCACAGUUGCAGUCCACAUCGAUGUCAAAGACGAUAAAGACGGCAAGAUGAAGGCUAUCCUUUUCAGGCUGCCAAUAGAGGAGGGUUUGGAGCGUUUUGUAUGCAAGCCCAAAGAUCCAGAUCCGCCCAAAGCUUCUGUGGACAGCGUGCUCACUAUCCAGAGGCGAAGUGGUUUCCCAAAGUCCUAUCCAAAGUACUUGGGUUUCCAGAUGUUCCCGGGAGAUUUGAAUUUUCCCGUCAUUGACCUCCUCCGAGAUGCUCCCGCGCAUGCUGACAUGUAG